CUGAAACACUGAUGGUUGUUUCUUUUUCUCCUAGGGGGAAACGUCGGCCGUCCAAUGAUGGGGACCAGCAAGAACGGAAGCACUGCUGGUAUGUACAGGAUGGGAAUGACGAACUUCAUCACCCCAGCGCCCUGCCUGGCUUGAGAACUUUCUCCCCGCCUUCCACUGAGCUCCCAAGUCGCACCGGGUGCUGGAAACACUAAUCCUCUCGAGUGCCGGAAACACUAAUCCUCUUGGGUGCCAGAAACACUGAUCCUCUCGGAAGCAGUUGACUGGGACAGGAUGUGUGGACAAUGAUGAUGGCAAGAAAGCAAGAUGUUCGCAUUCCCACCUAUAACAUUAGUGUGGUGGGAUUGUCUGGAACGGAGAAGGAGAAGGGGCAGUGUGGCAUUGGGAAAUCCUGCCUUUGCAACCGGUUUGUACGGCCCAGCGCGGAUGAGUUUCAUUUGGACCACACUUCGGUUCUCAGCACCAGUGACUUUGGGGGAAGGGUGGUCAAUAAUGACCAUUUCCUCUACUGGGGGGAAGUUGUGCGUUCCCUGGAGGACUGCGUCGAAUGUAAAAUGCAUGUUGUGGAGCAGACAGAGUUUAUCGAUGACCAGACCUUUCAGCCUCACCGCAGCACGGCCCUGCAGCCCUAUAUCAAGAGGGCUGCUGCGACCAAACUGGCAUCGGCUGAAAAGCUCAUGUACUUUUGCACUGAUCAGCUUGGGCUGGAACAGGACUUUGAACAAAAACAGAUGCCGGAUGGAAAGCUGCUGGUGGAUGGCUUUCUUCUCUGCAUUGAUGUUAGCAGGGGUAUGAACAGGAACUUUGAUGAUCAGCUCAAAUUUGUUUCAAACCUUUACAAUCAACUAGCGAAAACAAAAAAGCCCAUCGUGGUGGUCCUGACAAAGUGUGACGAAGGCGUGGAGCGGUACAUUAGGGAUGCACAUACUUUUGCCUUAAGCAAAAAGAACCUCCAGGUCGUGGAGACGUCAGCUAGAUCCAAUGUGAACAUUGACUUGGCUUUCAGCACCUUAGUGCAGCUGAUAGAUAAAAGCCGGGGAAAGACUAAAAUCAUCCCCUACUUCGAAGCUUUGAAACAGCAAAGUCAACAGAUAGCUGCUGCUAAAGACAAGUAUGAGUGGCUGGUCAGCCGCAUCGUCAAAAACCACAACGAGACAUGGUCAAACGUGAGCCGCAAGAUGCAGUCCUCUCCAGAGUAUCAGGAUUACGUCUACCUGGAAGGAACGCAGAAAGCCAAAAAGCUGUUUCUGCAGCACGUCCACCGCCUCAAGCAGGAGCACAUAGAGCGCCGGCGGAAGAUGUAUCUCGCCAUGCUUCCUCAAGCGUUUGAAGCCCUCAUCCCGGACCUGGACGAAAUAGAUCACCUGAGCUGCAUAAAAGUGGAGAAGCUCUUGGAGACGAAGCCGGACUUUCUGAAAUGGUUUAUUGUCCUGGAAGAGACGCCCUGGGAUGCCACAAGCCACAUUGACAACACAGAGAACGAGCGCAUUCCCUUCGACCUGAUGGAGACUCAGCCUGCCGAGCAGCUCUACGAAGCUCAUUUAGAAAAGCUGAGGAACGAGAGGAAAAGGGCAGAAAUGAGAAGAGCUUUCAAAGAAAACCUGGAGACUUCCCCUUUCAUCACACCCGGGAAGCCCUGGGAGGAAGCGCGCAGUUUCAUUAUGAACGAGGAUUUUUACAUGUGGCUGGAGGAGUCUAUUUAUAUGGAUAUCUACAGCAAACACCAAAAACAGAUUAUAGAAAAGGCGAAGGAGGAGUUUCAGGAGCUGCUCUUGGAGUACUCGGAGCUGUUUUACGAACUGGAGCUUGACGCUAAACCCAGCAAGGAGAAAAUGGGCGUCAUUCAGGAUGUCUUGGGUGAAGAGCAAAGGUUCAAAGCCCUGCAGAAGCUGCAGGCUGAGCGGGACGCCCUUAUUUUGAAGCACAUCCACUUCGUGUACCACCCGACAAAGGAAACGUGUCCUAGCUGCCCGGUUUGCAUAGACUCUAAAAUCGAGCACCUGAUCAGCUCCCGCUUCAUCAGGCCCUCUGAACGCAACCAGAAGAACUUGCUUUCGGACUCCAACAUCGACAGGAUCAAUCUGGUGAUCCUUGGCAAGGACGGUUUGGCACGCGAGCUGGCCAAUGAGAUCCGGGCGCUCUGCACCAACGAUGACAAAUAUGUGAUCGAAGGUAAGAUGUAUGAGCUGUCCCUGAGGCCAAUAGAGGGCAACGUCCGGCUCCCUGUUAACUCUUUCCAGACACCUACCUUUCAGCCUCAUGGUUGUCUCUGCCUUUACAACUCAAAGGAGUCGUUGUCCUAUGUGGUGGAAAGCAUCGAAAAGAGCAGAGAGUCAACCAUCGGCAGGAGGGAUAAUCACUUGGUUCACCUUCCUCUGACGCUCAUCCUCGUUAACAAGAGGGGGGACACCAGUGGCGAGACGCUACAUAGCUUGAUACAGCAAGGCCAGCAGAUCGCGAGCAAGCUGCAGUGUGUCUUUCUGGAUCCCGCAUCUGCUGGCAUCGGGUACGGCCGUAACAUCAAUGAGAAGCAAAUCAGCCAGGUUUUGAAGGGGCUGCUGGACUCAAAACGCAACUUAAACCUCGUCAGCUCAACCUCCAGCAUCAAAGACCUGGCGGACGUUGACCUUCGGAUCGUCAUGUGCUUGAUGUGUGGAGAUCCGUUCAGCGCAGACGACAUCCUUUUACCCAUCCUGCAGUCCCAGACCUACAGACCUUCACAGUGCGGCAGCAGCAGCUCCGUCCUCCUCGAGUUAUCCAUUGGGCCGCACAAGAGGCGCGUGGAGCUCUCGCUCCUUUCCUACCAUUCCUCCUUUAGCAUUAGGAAAAGCCGGCUCGUCCAUGGGUACAUUGUCUUUUACUCGGCGAAACGCAAGGCAUCCCUGGCCAUGCUACGUGCCUUUCUCUGCGAGGUGCAGGAUAUCAUCCCCAUACAAGUUGUGGCGCUUACGGACGGCUCCAUAGACAUCCUGGACAACGACUUGAGCAGAGAGCAGCUCACCGAGGGUGAGGAGAUCGCCCAGGAGAUUGAUGGCAAGUUCACCACGAUACCUUGUAGCCAGCCACAGCAUAAACUGGAGAUUUUCCACUCAUUUUUUAAGGACGUGGUGGAGAAAAAAAACAUCAUCGAAGCCACCCACAUGUACGACAACGUGGCCGAAGCCUGCAGCACGACAGAGGAGGUGUUCAACUCGCCUCGAGCAGGCUCCCCUCUCUGCAACUCCAACCUGCAGGACUCGGAGGAGGACAUCGAGCCCCCCACCUACAGCCCCUUCAGAGAGGACACGUCCAUGCCCGCCCUGCCCAAAGACCACUCGAAGCUUUCCAUGGAGCUGGAGGGGAACGAUGGCUUGUCUUUCAUUUCCGUCAUGAGCACUUUUGAAAGCAAGCUGAACAACAAAGUACCUCCUCCAGUGAAACCAAAGCCCCCUGUGCAUUUUGACAUUACAAAGGGAGACCUGUCAUAUUUGGAGCAGGGGCAUCGGGACGGGCAGAGGAAGUCCAUGUCUUCUAGUAGCUGGUUGCCCACAGACUGCUUUGAUCCUUCCGAUUACGCUGAACCAAUGGACGCUGUGGUCAAACCCAGAAAUGAAGAGGAGAACAUCUACUCCGUGCCUCAUGACAGCACCCAGGGCAAGAUUAUCACCAUCCGAAAUAUUAACAAAACCCAAUCGAAUGGCAGUGGCAACGGCUCGGACAGCGAGAUGGACACCAGCUCCCUGGAGCGGGGCCGCAAGGUGUCUGUCGUUAGCAAGCCCGUGCUGUAUCGGACGCGCUGCACGAGGCUGGGCAGGUUUGCUAGCUACCGAACCAGCUUCAGUGUUGGGAGCGACGAUGAGCUGGGACCCAUUCGAAAGAAAGAGGAGGACCAGGCUUCCCAAGGGUAUAAAGGCGAUAAUGCCGUUAUCCCCUAUGAAACGGCUGAUGGGGAAGAUCCGAGGAGGAGGAACAUCCUGCGCAGCCUGAGAAGGACGACGAAGAAGCCAAAGCCCAAACCUCGGCCGUCCAUCACGAAGACGACAUGGGAAAGCAACUAUUUUGGGGUGCCUUUGACCAAUGUAGUGACUCCAGAGAAACCCAUCCCCAUCUUUAUUGAGAGAUGCAUUGAGUACAUCGAAGCAACAGGGCUGAGCACUGAAGGCAUCUAUCGCGUGAGCGGAAACAAGUCAGAGAUGGAGAGCCUGCAGCGGCAGUUUGACCAGGAUCACGGGCUGGACCUGGCCGAGAAGGAUUUCACUGUCAACACCGUGGCCGGUGCCAUGAAGAGUUUCUUCUCCGAGCUGCCUGAGCCCCUGGUCCCUUAUACCAUGCAGGUUGACCUGGUGGAAGCCCACAAAAUCAACGACCGGGAGCAGAAGCUCCAUGCACUGAAGGAAGUGCUGAGGAAGUUUCCCAAGGAGAACUAUGAGGUCUUCAAAUACGUCAUCGGGCACUUGAACAAGGUCAGCCACAACCAUCGGGUGAACCUGAUGACCAGCGAGAACCUCUCCAUCUGCUUCUGGCCCACCCUGAUGAGACCCGACUUCAGCACGAUGGACGCCCUGACGGCCACCCGCACCUACCAGACAAUCAUCGAACUCUUCAUCCAGCAGUGCCCCUUCUUUUUCUACAACCGGCCCAUCCUCGAGCCCCCCAGCGCCACUCCUGGUUCUCCAUCCGCCGCCUCCCCUGGCGCCCCUUUCCUCCCCGCAACGCCAGGCACGACUCAGCCCUCGCCUCCCCGGACCCCACCGCCAUCACCACAGUCACCCGUCCAGCCACUCGUCCCAGCCCAGCUCCACACGGAGCAGCACACACUGUGAGCUGGUGCUGGGGAAAAAAAAAACAAAAAACAAAAAACAACAAAAACCAACCGGAAAAAAAAAAACCACAAGAAUCUUGGUCUGGUCUGGGGCGCCCAGCGGAGAUGGGGAAGCGAACGCCGGGCUUGGGCUCGCCCUCUCCUGCCCCAGAGCAGACUUGGGCAUGGUGGGAGCACACCGGGACAGCCGGACUUGGGGCCCCAGGAGGAUUUUUCCCCACCUUUCGGUUUGGGCAGGGGGUUGAGGAGUGGAUCCGGCACCAGUGGGACGGUGGGGCUGAGCCAGCGGACCCAUGUGCCAGGGCGCUCAGCAGAUUGGACGCUUCUCCGGCUGCCCCUGGACUUUUCGGCUCGGCCCCGGCGCCACCAAACACCCUCGCAUUCCACGGGACGCAGCUGGCAGCUCACCUGGUGCUGUCUGAAGCUCAUCCUAUGUGGCCCAAGGCUCGUCUGGCACAUCCCAGCUUGCCCAGCAUGGCCCAGCACGGCCCAGGGCUCAUCCAACAUGCUGUGGUACAGCCUGAGGCCCAUCUGGUGUGGUCUGGCAUGGGCUGAUGCUCAUCCAAUGGGACCUGAGGUUCAUCCAGUGUGAUCCGGCACAGCCCCAGGCUUGUUCGAUGCAGCCCAAGGCUCAUCCGACAUGGUCAUCCAGCACAGCCCAAGGCUUAUCCAAAAUGGUCCAGCAUGGCCCAAGGCUCAUCCAGAAUGGUCCAGCAUGGCCCGAGGCUCAUCCCACAUGGUCCAGCAUGGCCCGAGGAUCACCUGACAUGGUCCAGGAUGGCCUGAGGGUCUUCCAAAAUGGUCCAGCAUGGCCUGAGGCUCACCCAGCAUGGUCCAGCAUGGCCCAAGGUUCAUCCGACAUGGUCCAGCACACCCGAGGAUCAUCCCACGUGGUCCAGCUUAACCCACACUUCAUCCCACAUGGUCCAACAUAGCCCAAGGUUUGUCUGAUGUGGCCAGAGGCUCAGCCGACAUGUCGUGAGGGUCAUCCGACACAUCCCAAGACUCAUCCGAGAUGACCCAAGGCUCAUCCAACGUCACCCGGUGCAUCCCGGGAGUCAUCCAAUGAAUCCCAGGAUCUCCCUGGGGCCCCCCCACCCCACUUUCCACCCGUCCCCCAAAAAGCCUUCAUGGGUGUCCAGCGUUGCCUUUUGGCCAGGACCCUCCCACCCCACCCUGCGGUUUCCGUCCCUCUCCAGGGAUUUUGGCAUUAAGCACUUACCGGAGGGGAGGGGGUUGGGCCCGCUGCCCCCACCUCCACCCCCAACCCCGUUUUUGGCUGGAUUUGCGGGUUUUCCUCCAGAAAAGCCGGUGCCAAUUUUGGAGUUGGGUUCAAUGCGUUUCAGCUUGGGGAAGGAAAGCUGGAAUUUGGCUGCGGCAAGGACACCUGGUUCGCCUUGGGGGAUGGGGUUUGGGUGCCCUGGGGAAUGGGGGGGGUGCCCAGGUCGCCUGGGUCCCCCUGGGACGGGGGGGGGGGGGGGGGGCGGUGGCUCGGUCACCUGGAUCCCACAGGAAAGGGGGUUUGGACCCCUGGGGGAUGGGGACACUCGGAUGUCCACAUGGGUUCUUCCCCCACCCCUCCUCUCAGUACCAGGGUGGUUUUAAACUGGAUUUUCAUGGUACCACUGGGAGAGCACGGGGAAGGCUCCCGCCGCCCCUCCUGGGUCUCUUCGCACUUUAAGACACCUCCAAAACCCCCCCUUAACCCCCUGCCACUGGUGA